GUAAACACGCGACAUGGUUACCUAUAUAUAUAGCACAUAGGGCUUGAGUUAGGACCAUUGGACCUUCCCUGUCUACAGGUACGCUCGGACAGACAAUCAUCAUGGUGUUCAAAAUUGAUAAACGUCGAGUAUACUCGGGGAACACUCUCAGAGCGUCCAAUUCAAGGUACAAUCGUCAAUACAGACGACAGUCAUGCUUGGUACGACGAUCACAGAACGUUACCAACGUAACCGGUAUAUUUAAAGAGCUUGGGUUGGACAGAGAUGACGUCGUGUAUUCUUUCAAUAAAAAGGGGAGGUGGCUGAUACCACAGAUACUUAAGCAGGAAAUCCUCACCGACAGCAAAGACCUCGGCGAUGUCAAGGUGGAUUUAGUCGAGUCCCAUAAGUUGAAGAAGCAAGGGAAAUGCACCGGAUUCCAUUCUAACAAGGGAUUUUUACAAAAAGUGGUACCAAAGAAAACGUACUUCAAUGUGGCAAGUUUGCAAGGUCCAAAAAAGGAAGAAGUUACUCCUAGCGCUACACCUCACAUGACGAUCAAUAUUAUGUACCCCUGCCCUGCCACGAGUUCCAUUGCCCACAAUCCUAAGUACAUCCGGUAUGAAGACUUGCCUACCGAUGGGCUAGAUGAAGAUGAUAUUGACAGAACUCAACAUAGCAGUCCGAUCAAGAGCAAAGCGAGGAAACAGAGGAGGAAAAUUGGAACAAAACAAUGGGUCGACAACUAUUUGGACGAAGUAGAGCACUAUGAUGACGAGGAUUAUGAAAUCGAUUCUACUGAAAAUGUCCGUGAGCCAUCCAAGUCUGUAUCCGUCGAAGAUAUCCUGGUUCAUUCAAGACGAAUUGAAAGUAUUCUGUCUGGAGGAGCGAAGGUAUCGAAGUAUCCAGCAACUAGACGAGAAACAAAAGACAGGGUUAUUUACAUAAACAGGCAAGACGAGGAAGAAAAAGCGGAGGAAAAAGAAGAGAUGAAGAGCAUGGCCAUUAAAGAAACAACUUCUCCUAUGGAGUAUGUCGGUGUCAAUAUCCCUACCAAUGAAGUCUCGAUAGAAACGCUGAAACACAGAUUUGGUGAGAGCUACAUUGAAUGCCGCUGUUCUCCAAGAAAAUUCAUCAUCGACAUCACCAAAGAAGUUCAGAAAACGCUACUGAAGUCCAAAGCUUUCCGCCAUACCGAUAUUAUGACUACUGAUCUCUCCACAGUAUUGGUUUUUGUCUAUGACGUCUUUGGUAGUUUGGACAACAACGAUGCAGAUAGGUUCAAAAUCCUACUCAACAUGAAGACAAAGAAAAUAGUCCCCAGAAUCAACACUUUUCAAGAAGACAGUGUGUUUGGCGUAGAGGACAUCGUCAGUAAAGCGGUAUCGUACAUAGAAACAAUUCCAUGUGACGAAUUUAUACACAGAGAUUCAAUUCUUCCGUAUACUAGACAGGCUUCUACAAAGUUUGAGAUGUUAGCAGAAAGUAGAGGGACAAAGCCCGUGUCAAUUGACCCAGUUCACCUUCGUGUCACGGUGAAAGACCUUCUUCAGAGAAAAGAAGAAGACAUUGACGAGGCAGAGUCACUAAUAGCGAUGGACUUCGAAUCACUUCCUCCGGAUACCUGUUCCAUUUGCUGUGAAGCCAUUGAGAGUUCGGCCACCGCCCUACAGACCUGUGGUCACUGGUUUUGUGAUAGAUGCUGGGGUGACCAUCUGCUCUCGGUAGCCAAUAGUGGAUCAGGACGAAUUACGUGUCCGGAAUACAAAUGUCGGUCUACUAUUGAUUAUGCUAUUUUGCUCACAACUUCAAACAUAGAAGUCGUAGAAAACGUUUUUCGACGAAGACUGAUGAUGAAAGUCGAUAUUGACCCAGACUCAAAAUGGUGCCCUAACAAACACUGUGGACGUGCAAUCAAAUGUGAGAAGAACGCUAUGGGACAACGGGCGAAUAUCACCUGUUCGUGUGGAACACAUAUUUGUUUUGAAUGUUUGAAACCGGCACACUGGCCCCUUUCGUGCGAUCACUUUGGGUCUUAUUCGCAUACACUACAGAAGAAUGGAGACGAAAGUGCGCCGGAUGUGAACUACAUUCGGUUUGCACAGGGAAAGGAGUGUCCAAAAUGCAAGCAAUUCAUGGAAAAGAAUGGCGGCUGUUUCUACAUGACUUGCAGAUGUGGAUGCAGUUUCUGUUGGGGUUGUGGCAAAUCCUUCGAAAACCACGUAAACAGCAAAGAAUGCCGACCACGUAGAUAUAGGCCACGGGAUAACGGAGACCUUUUCAACACCAAAAAGAGGGCACUAAUCGUUCCAAGUAUCAACGACAAGACUAAAGGGUACAAAAGGGCCGUGGAGUAUCGAUGUCUACGCCAAGCAGAAAAUGUCAGGAUUAUGACUUCCGCUGUACACAAAAUGUCAACGUCACUGAAAAUGCUCAAUCGACGUUAUGGUGACCGUGUCGGUGGGGAAUUAGUGGACUUCUUGGUGCCAAAUUUUGCAGAUGAGAUGACAGUGGCAGACAAGAUCAAACCGUUUCUACACAGCAUGGUAGGUGUGUACACGGAAAUAAGCCACAUAUGUGAGCUGACCACAGUAUUCUUAGAGAAGUCGGACAAUGUCGCCAAUCUGAAAAGAUCGUCUAGACAGGCUGUGAUAAUGACUAGAGAUCGCUUGGCAUCGAUCGGGGACGGAAUACUACACGUGUUCCGGUCUUCUAGCAAGGAGAACAUGAAAGUCAAUAUUUCACAUCUUUGGAAACUUCGAUUCCAAUGUAAAAAGGCAAUGGACACUUUGGUUAAACUACUUAAGUGUUAAUCACUAGCAAUGUUGUCUGUGGAGCAGCACGAACACUCAGAAGACGCUUACCCUUCCGAAACACCUGGUCUUUUUCGCUUUGUAUGUUUUUAAAGUGCCUCCACAUAUAUCUCACUUUGUUCAUAUUUUGCUCCAGUUGUAUCGAUUUUGAGUUUAAAUAAUGGUUUGGUAGACACUUCGGUAUCUUUUUACUCUUACAUAAGUUAUACGAAAUGUACAUCCUGGACUCUUUUUUAUGAAAACGAUGUAUUCAAGAUAAUUAUUUUGUGUUCAUAUAUUCUUAUAUUGAUAUUUAGAGUAAACAUCUGCGAUGUAUUUUUUAAAUAUCAAAAUAUAUUGAUUAAACGUGGGGUUAAGGAGUUAAAAGAACAAUUGUUUUUUUUAAUUUAUUGGUUGUUUUAAAGCUUGCAUCAUGAUAAAUACCUCGAUAUAUUUAUGUAAGAAUAAGCAAAAAUGGAAUUCACGUUUAGAAAACUGGAUACAAAUUAUUUUGAAUAAGUGAAAGUCGACAGUUAAUCCCUCAGUAUAAAAAAAACAUGUAUUUUAGUCCAUCACUUAAUAAAUUAUCCAGAAUUUUGAAGGAUUUUGUAUUGUAUUUUUUAAAAAGAGUUUACUACAUAAUUAUCAUUUAUGUUGAUAUAUUCAUUACUUUGUUAUUCAACAUGACCCUGGAUGACGAUAAGGUUCACGACUAGGAUUUGAAACACUUUUAUGAAGUUGUGAAUAUUAACUUCGCUGCUUCAAUAUCCUCCAUAUUUAACAGUUUCUA